AUGCCGUCACCCCUUCUCAUCGGCAUCUCAGGACCCUCUUCGUCUGGCAAGACAACACUCUCUCGCCUACUCCGAGACAUAUUCCCGCCAUCAAAGCUAUUCAUUCUACAUCUCGAUGACUUUUACCUCACCGACGCCGAGAUUCCGGUCAAGAAUGGCGUCCAGGAUUGGGACUGCAUAGAGUCGCUCAACCUACCUGCACUCCAACAAGCCCUCCAACACAUCAAAGAACAUGGAAACAGCCCAGACUGGUUAGUCAGUCAGGAAGAUCAAAACAGCGUCGGAGAACACGGUGUACCCGAAGCUGAGAUUCAGAAACUGAGACAGGAUGUAUCGACGUGGCUGGGUAGUAGUACGCCGGGGUGGGAAGAAAGACGCAUCUGCAUCGUCGAUGGCUUCCUCCUCUUCUCAGAAGACAUGAAGGACAUACGCUCCCUAUUUGACGUCAAACUCUUCCUCCGCACUUCCUACGAGACUGCGAAGCGUAGGCGCGAAGCGCGGAGUGGGUAUGUAACUAUUGAAGGGUUCUGGACAGAUCCACCGGGGUAUGUCGAUGAUAUCGUAUGGCCGAAUUACGUCAAAGAUCACAGAUUUCUGUUCAGGGGCGGGGACGUGGACGGGGAGUUGGAUGAAAGUGUUUGUGAGAGGGUCGGAAUAUGUGGCAUGCCGAGGGAAGCAGAGGGGGAUAUGACGCAGUGUUUGCGCUGGGCAGCCGGGGUGUUGGAGCGAGUGGUCAAGAAAGCAUGA